AUGUGUGUUUCCCCAGGACUGUCAAAUGUGACUGUCUCACAAGAACCAGUUAAAGUCGUAGUCGGAGAAGAUGCCAUCCUGGGAUGCCACCUGGAGCCCCCACUCAACGCAACGACUCUAGGAGUGCGCUGGAUACAGGAAGUGGUCUGGAAACGCAAUGAAGCUACUGUGCACGUCUAUCGAGCUAAUGAUGACUCUCUAGAUAAUCAGGACGAGAACUUCAGAGGUAGAACAUCUCUGUUCCGUGAUGAAAUGGCCAGAGGAAAUAUUUCACUUAAACUGACCAACGUAACUAAACGUGAUGCAGGAAACUACACCUGCCAUGUUCCCAGUCUGAAAAGUAAGAUCAGGAAAGGCAACGUUACCCUCAUUGUUGCAGAGCCAAGGGAGGAAACCAACCAAGGAAAUCGGACCAAUAACUCUGAGCCAAAGUCAGAGCCAGGGGGUCCUGGACUCAAAGCUAAAAUUGGCUGUGGCUGUGGCAUCGGUGCUGUACUACUACUACUGACAUGUGUCAUUGUUGCCAUUGUCGACAAACGUCGACAGACCAACACCACAGACGCAGAACAAAAUGGAGGUUACGAGCUAGAACCACUGAGGGAAAGGAACGGAGAAAAUCAGAGAGAUUCUGGUAAGUAAAUAUCGACAUUAGGUGUCACCAGCACGACAGCAGCACAAUGUUCUGACCCAAAGGAAGAGCAGCAGUUAAUGUAAGAU